UGAACCCAAAGUUUCCAUCAAAGCAAGAAAGCUAUGAAGAUGGAGAAAACCAUUGUUCUUAUCAUUGCUUUAUCGUUUGCUCUGUUUCUGGGAUUAGCCCAGAGUUUAGAUUUCACUGAAAAGGAUCUGGAGUCAGAAAACAGUCUCUGGAACUUAUAUGAGAAGUGGAGAAGUCAUCACACUGUCUCUAGAGACCUUUCUGAGAAACCAAAGCGUUUCAAUGUGUUCAAAGAGAAUGCCAAAUUCAUUCAUGAAUUCAACAAGAAAGAUCAUCCUUACAAGUUGAAGCUUAACAAGUUUGGAGAUCUGACCAACCAUGAGUUCAGGAAUUUCUAUGCAAGCUCAAAGGUAAAGCACCACAACAUGAUGAGAGGGUCUUCACGUGCAGCAACUGGUGGAUUCAUGUAUGAGGAUUUCGAUAGGUCCCCUGCUUCCAUCGAUUGGAGAGAGAAAGGUGCUGUCACCCCUAUCAAGAACCAAGGCCAAUGUGGAAGUUGCUGGACAUUUUCAACUGUUGUUGCUGUUGAGGGUAUUAACCAAAUCAAAACCCAGAAACUGGUGUCCUUGUCUGAACAACAACUGGUUGAUUGCGACACAGGUGAUGGUAACCAAGGUUGUAAUGGAGGUCUCAUGGAUCAUGCUUUCGAGUACAUCAAGAAGGUCGGAGGGAUCACUACUGAGGAGAGUUAUCCCUACACAGCCACAAAUACCACUUGUGCUUUAACCAAGGUGAAUGCUCCUCGGGUGACAAUUGAUGGACAUGAGAACGUACCUCCUUUUGAGAUUUCGUUGAUGAAAGCUGUUGCAAACCAACCUGUCUCAGUUGCCAUUGAUGCUAGUGGUCAAGCUUUCCAGUUCUACUCAGAGGGAGUAUUCACUGGACCUUGUGGAGUAGAACUGGAUCAUGGAGUGGCAGCUGUGGGUUAUGGAACAACUCUUGAUGGAACUAAGUACUGGAUUGUGAAGAACUCAUGGGGAGCAGAUUGGGGAGAACAAGGUUACAUUAGAAUGAAGCGUGGCAUGUUUGAUAUAGGAGGAUUGUGUGGCAUAGCCUUGCAGGCUUCUUAUCCUCUCAAAACUUCACUUAAUGUAGCCAAGGAGAUUGCCCCUCUCAAAGAUGAACUCUGAGGAGGACUGAGGACAUUUCUGAUGGAGGGGUUUUUUCCUUCUAAAGAGGCAGAUAGAUUUAAGACAAAUCUCUGUUACUU